CGUCGCGUCCUUCACCAGUCGCAUACAUCUCUACUCUCAAUCCUCGCAACUCAGUACAACGCCACACCACACCACGCAAAAUGCCAACGAUUCCCCUCCACCUCCCCUCCUGUACCUCAACUGCCGUUGAGAACCCCCUCCCCCCACUCUUACACACGCCCUCAGGCCUCGCCCUCCUCGAACUCCAGGGCACAAUCCACUUCCCACCUCCGCCCGCUUCGUCAUCCGACCAGUCUACGCUCGUCGGAAAGCUUGUAUUCCCACUGUACAAUCCGCUGCUCAAUGACCCGAGCGAUACUAAGUGGAUGAAGCGCGUGUACUUUUACGUGGGCGAGAAUCAGCGCAUGGCAGGGGAAUGCAAGAAGCUGGGACGGCCGUUUGCUGUUGUUAGGAAGAAGGAGCGAGCUGGGGAUAGGGGUGUGGAUGUGGAUAUGAAUGAGGAGUUGGAGAUCGUGGAAGUAGUGAAAUAUAAGAUUGUGUUUUCUGCUAGACCCGAACCGGUUGGGAGGGGGGAGGAGGCUGGUUGAUGCAAAAUGAGAAUCAAAGUAAACUGAAAUAUUUGGGGUGAAGAAGAGAUGACGAUUCGACGAUUCGACUUGGAGGAACAUGGGAUCGACUCCUACUACGCAAGCUACGAAGCGAAAAUGGUCAAUCGCACUUACUCGUCUCUAAAACAUCAACUGUCGCCAUACAGUGGGAAAGAGUAGUCAUGAGUUGGUGUAAAGAAGCCUUACAU